CAGAAUUUGGAAACCAAAAUGCUUUCUAAUGCCUCUUUAUAUAGUGAACAUCACAGUAUGCAAGUGCAUGAUACAAAAUUAUUCUUGAUGAACACAGUUUCGUUAAUGGACUGGACCAAUCAGUCACAUGAUGUUGUGAUGGAUAUAGGCUGUGGUCCUGGCAACAGUUGCCACAAGUUACUUCUGCCGUAUUUUCCCAAUGUAAAGAAAGUGAUUGCUGUAGAUGUUUUGCCAGAGAUGAUAGAAUACGCUCAGAAAUACAAUUGCCAUCCGAAAAUCGAAUAUCAUGUCGCGAAUAUUGAACGCAAAGAAACUAUUGAACGCUGGAGAGGCGAAAUUUCAAAGGUUAUAUCCAUAUACUGCUUUAAUUGGCUGAAAGAUCAGCAACAAGCCUUUAGCAAUAUCUACGAAGCCUUAAAACCGGGUGGUGAAGCAGCAUUGCUCUUUGUAUUAAGUACACCAUUCUGGGAUUCUUACAAGGAUCAUAUUCAAAAUCCAAAGUGGAGCACAUUUUUAAAGAAUGUGGAGCAACGCAUACCGAAUUCCCAUUUCCAAAAAUAUAAAGCUGCUUAUUAUGAAGACUUGCUGAAAACUAUUGGAUUCGACAUUAUUGUUUGUGAGGAUGAGCAAAGAAAAUUUGCAUAUCCAUCAGACGAUGAUUGCAGAGCUGCUUGUGCAUCGAGAUGUGCUUUGACGUCUCACAUUCCUUUGGACUUGAGGAAGGAAUUUGAAGAAGAACUGUUCCAAGGAUUUCUAAAAUACAAUGGAAGAAAUACCGAUGGCCUUCCUGAGUUGCAAUAUCUUACUCUCACUAUUCUAAUUCGGAAACAUUUAACAGUGAAAAGCUCAUAAUAAAAAUGCGAUGUAAAUGUACAAUUCCGUAAAGGAAAUUUCAAUUCUGUUGUUUGAUAUCUAGUUAUUAUACAUUAUCUUACUGCCUGGAUUUAUUCAUUUAUUCCACGAUAAAUAAUUGAAAUAAAAACUUAACACGUGUUUA